CCACUGUUUCAGCUCACCCUCAGAUAGCUGAUCUGUCGUAAUACGGUCAAUAUCGUUUUCGUUAGUAAAUAGUCAGUAAUAUUAAAAUUAUGGUCUCCUGUGGUAAAUUUAACCUAUAAUGUAUUACCGAAUGUUUUGCAGUAGAAUACUAUACUCGAAUUGAUUCUUAGGACUGCAUUUGCGCCAUCACCUGACCAAUGACCAGCCUGUCAUACUUGCUGGGUUUGUAGUAUUUGUCUUGAUCCUGUAAUAGCGCCAGCAGCCGAUGCUACUUUGGCUAUUUCCCCUUCCCUUAUUCCUUCCUCCGGCAGCGUGGGCCAUCGUUAAGAGCUGCUACGAAUGUGACUCCAGCACCUUGCACCGGGACUGCCACAUCAACCGUACCGACCGCGUCACACAGUGCGCACCCGAUACGCAUUACUGUCGGCUUGAUUUCCUAAGCCGUGGAAACUUGGAUAGUACCAAACACCAAAUCAACAUACCCAUAAUCGAAGACAUCGCUCCGGUGGAGAGAGUGGACAAGUCCUAUGUCUACAUCACCGAGGAGACCAUGCACUCCAUCACGCUCAGCGGAGACAGCAUCAACAAUCCAUCCCUCUUUGAAGAGAUCGAAAAGCGUUCUCCUUCGCUCCCAGCCGAGCUGAAUAUUAACCCCAAAGGCCUGCAGACCGAUACCACCAGCACGUUGCCGGCCGGGAAGAGCUUCACCAUGCGGCUGAAAUCCGCGACGGACCGGCGGAUCGUGCUGACCGUGGCCAAUCCGCGCGUCGCCUUCACCUUCACCAAUUCCACGCUGCUGCAGCAGGUGCUCGGCUUCGAGACCGCCCAGAUGCCGCCGGGUACGAAAGAAAAGCGGGCAGAACGCUUCAUCCUGGGGCUGAACGGCGGGAAGAAGCUGACCGAGGAGUUUGUCGCCGCUCGGCCGAUGGAUUCGGGUGUGGCGAUUAUAUUAAAUCCGGCAUGGGUAGGAAGGUCGUGCGGUAAACCCGGCGUUCAGUUACCAGCCCAGCCGUCCACCAACCGCCUUUGGUGCCGGCAGGUCAGCAGCCGGGAUCGCAUCUGUCUGUGUGCGUCCGAUCAGUGCAACGGCGUCGUGACGGUCAACCAGAUAGAUCUGGUGGAGGCCGACCAAUUUCCGCCGGACCCGGGGUUCCGCGGCGGGCCAUGGCACGGGGGGAGUGACGGGACGGUCGCGCCAGCGAUGACAGCGGAUGCGGACACGGACGAUGGUGGUGGGCCCUGGCCUGAUGACGCCGGCGGGAACGACACGGUCAAACGAACGCCGCGCAACCAGGGUGGUGCAUCUUGUGGUCGACCGGGUAUCAUGGAAACAUCUGGAAGAACCGUUGUUGGACUGUUGGUUUGUUCGGUAAUGCGCGCGUCCAACUUGCGCACGAAGUUGUUCAGACUGAGUGUGAUAUUAUAAGAAGCAAGUCUUGGGUGUCUCGGUUAGCGCACAAUGCCCGCGUUGUCGGCAGAAAUUUUCAUUUGGACUUGCGUGAAACAUUCCUGUAAAGGAAUUACAUAACGAAUUUCACUGAAAGCAGGAGCGCCACAUGUUAUUCAUUUCCAAAAGCAGAGGAAUAAAUUCAGAAUCCGAUGACCGCAACUCCGCAAGAGAAUUUCAACGUUUCUGCGCAACGACUUGCAACUUAGCCGAAUUCGCGCGAAUGAUAAU